AUGGACUCGCCCCGUCCCCGUAACUGGAACCAAAAGUUAUUUGCCACGUAUUUGGGCGCGACAGGCAGGGAGAUCGCCGAGUUGAGGCGCGUGCUGACGCAGUUGAUGACCGCGCAUGGCAAAUUGGACAAGGGGUACAAGUCGAAGGCUGCGAGAACGGAACUGCAAGAGUGGAUACAAUCGAACCUGUACCAACUACCUGGCUUCGUCCAAGAUGCCUGUUUCAACAAGUCUCGGAUGGACGGGCUAAUGGGCAUGGCCUAUAAGAUCAAGAACGAACAUGUACAUUAUCUUUCAGCACGCGACAGACAGAAUCAGGCCGCCGAACCGCCAUCGAGCAGCUUCGACCAGGGCAGCAGCGUUGUCCACGGAAGCCAGAGAGUUGAACGGGAAGAUAAUCACGUGGUUGAUCAGCCCACCAGCAGUAUCCCCAGCAAUGCGGUUGAUCAGCAGGUCGAUGCAGUCGACGAGGCCGGACCUGCAGUCACUGUGGAGGAGGAGACUGUCGCAGAGCCCCCGAGCAAAAGAGCCAGGACAACACCGACUCAAGCUGCUCCAAUCCAACCUCCCCUGCCAGAUCUGCUCUCCCGGAAUAUAUGGGUUCUGAACGAAGUGAACCCCGCUCAGCAUGGCCUAUGCUCGAUGCAAGACCUUCUUACAACCCCAGAAUCUCGCAGCAUCAAUUUCAUACCGCGGCUCAUGGACUUGGACUUUGACCAUUGGCUUUCGAUAGUUGAGGCGCAAUGUGGCUACGACUUUACUGCGCAUCGUUUGGAAUAUCGCCCUCCAGCGAACGUGGUGUCUCGCUCGCUGGGUCUACCCCCGAUCACGAUUCCGAUGUCGACACAAAGUCAGUGGCGGGGUGCGAUAAACUCGCAGAUUCAUGUCGAAGGUGGCCGAGAUCCUGUUUUUUAUUUGGUUUCACAGUCAGAAGAAUUACGAGAACCAUCGCCGCCUCCACUACCUUCGCCUUCAUCUGCGAACAAUGCUUCCCGCGCUCGUGACCCUCUUGUCAUCAAGCAAGAGUACGUCGAGGAACAAGUGAGACUCGCAGGAGUGCAAUAA